GCCCGACCCUAAUUCGCUGAUCCGCGCCUUUCACCCCACAAUAGCUUACUUUAAGCUGCAGGUCACGUGCACAACUCAGCUCUUUCUCUUCGUCCCGAAAAGCGAUAUUUUUUUGGCAGCCAGGUUAGCAAGAGCUCCGACGACAUUCAAAGCUACGCCCAGUCUUUUAGAACCCGGUUUGCGAUUCGCACGACUAUUGAUAACAUUUCUUAUCAAUUGAGGUCUGAUUUGACUAUCUGUUCGACUUCUGGCUGAACCUCACGACCCGGCAACGUUGCAACGACCAAGAGACAUUUUUUUAACGACAAGACAACUUGAAAAUGAGGAUCCCACGAUUCUCGGCGCUAGCGCGCCAGCUACGACGCAAGGAUCUGACUGCGAAGAACAAGAAUGCAGAGACUGGCAGAAAAACUGCCCCGUUUAUUCCUGGCUUCAUGACCGAUGAUCAUCUGGUAGAUGAGCCCUUGAAAAACAUCCCUUUCAAGCCCAACGAUAUCGUACAGGUGAUCAAACCUGGUCCUGACUUUGGCAAAAUCACUCGAGUGCAUUAUGUGGGUGAUCGAAUGGGAGUCGCACUUGAAAAUGUUGGUCCGAAACACACCACAGUUCUGCCAAAGUCUCACUGGCGCGAGGGGCAAACAUCCUACGUUUAUACGUUCAACGGCUUUACUCACCCGAAAGAUCUUCGUCUGAUUACAACAGUCAAAGAUGACAAGACCGGAGAGAUGGUCCACGCCGCUGUUAAUAAGCUCAAGCUUGGUGAGGAGUACUACGACGAUCGUUACAAAACCCGUUUACGUCGGCGGUAUGUUGCGAACACGGGGGGCGUUUCUAUCCCGUGGCCAGACCCGGUUGACGAGGUUACCGAGGGAAAUUUUGUGACGCCCUAUGACGAGGCUCGCGAACGCACAUUUUUCGUUACCGAUGCCACGAUUCCGCCUGUUCCGAAAGUGGCACUCGACUCGCUGCGAAACCCAUAUGCCUGGAAACUCAAGCCUGACUUGACCGAGGAGGAAAUUCACCGAUUGACACCCCCGAAGAUGCCUUUAACGGAGGCGAAGAAGGCUCGUAUUGCUGAGGUUCAGGCUCUGCUGAAGAAACAAGAGGAGCGGGAGCUUUCUGGUGAAGCCGAGAGAAUCAGAGAGCUGACGGCCAAGGCGCUGAAGCAGAGGUUGGAUGCUGCCGACAGACUGAAGAAGGCAGCUAAGCAGGCUGAAGCUUAGAGGGAUUUAUUAAGGCUUCUGAAAGCGUGUAAAUAUAUAUUUGUUUAAUGUAACCAAACGUUAUUACUAUAUUUCGACUGAGGCUCACAUAACGCUUUCUGGAGCACUGUCUUUGAUUGUCUCCCAGAUCGAGUCAAUCGCCUGCACUAUUUCCUCAGGCAAUGGGCCGCCCUCCAAAUACUCCAGAUUCUGCUUGAGCUGAUCGAUCUUAGAAUACCCCACCAAGAUCGCAUCACCCUUGCCUAGCUGAGAAUGAUUGCGGAGCCAGCGCAGAGCAAUCUCAUUGUUCGAAAUUCCAUGCUUCUCACCAACUUCCGUAAGCUUUUCGACAGCGGUAAAUAAAUCAUCUUUGAAAAACCAGUCUUGGUUGAAUGUUCCAUUGAACGUCGCCGGAUCAAACUGGCUUCCGGGAGCAGGCGCUUGUCCGCGCUUGAUAUUGGAAAAGAAGCCAGAAGCAAGAGGACUAUGUU